AACUUGAAUGCGAAACGCUGCUUUAAAGAGUAUUUUGUGAUAUUAACUUUGAUAGAAGCAGUUCCUGUGCAGAUCAGAUGUAUCCAUCCAACCAAGUUUUCCACACUGACAAUCUGUACAAUGGGUCCCAACUUAACCCCGUCCCAAAAUAAAAAAAAAAAAAAAAACGAAAUCAAACGCCUCGUGUCCAAUAGCACAUUGGUUGACUAUUCAUUGACGAAAUUUCAAAAAACGCACAAAUAAAUGCUAUCAACGGCUGAAAACUUCUCAAAAAUUCACUCCUUAAUCUCUUCCUGAUCAUCAAAUCAAAUAGAAAAAAGAAAAGAAAAGAAAAAAUCCCCCAAAACCCGUCUUCACUGCAGCGAAAGGGAGGGGCGCCAAAACCCCAUUUAUUAAAAAAGAAAAAAGAACACUCGCCUGAGAAAAAUUAAAAUAGUUCUACAAAUUACCAAACAUACCCCUAUUCCUUUCUCCUUCUCUCUCUCUCUCUCUCUCUCUCUGUAUAUCAUUUUCGUGUUUGUUUAGGUUUUUAUUUAAAUUUUUGAAUCGGAGAAGCCAAUGGAUCAUCAAAAGGCAGUGAAAGAAGCCCUAAACGCACUGUAUCAUCAUCCAGAUGAGGUGCUUCGUUCCAAAGCUGAUGAGUAUUUACAAGAUAUUCAACGCUCAAUCGAUGCUUGGCAGGUUGCUGAUAAUUUGCUUCACGAUUCCACUAGCAAUAUGGAAACCUUAAUCUUCUGCUCUCAAACUCUUCGAAGCAAGGUGCAAAGAGACUAUGAAGAAUUGCCUUCUGAAGCCUUUGGACCGUUACGAACUUCCUUAACUACCUUACUGAAAAAAUUUCAUAGGGGCCCCCCUAAAGUCAGGACUCAGAUUAGCAUUGCUGUUGCUGCCUUGGCUGUACAAGUUCCUGCAGAGGAUUGGGGAGAUGGUGGUAUAGUGAAUUGGCUUAAGGAUGAGAUGAAUUCUCAUCCAGAAUAUAUACCAGGUUUCUUGGAGCUACUAACAGUUUUACCAGAGGAAGUGUUCAACUAUAAGAUAGCUGCUCGUCCAGAAAGGCGCCGCCAAUUUGAAAAAGAGCUGACUUCUCAAAUGGAAGUUGCUCUUAAUAUUUUGACGGCUUGCUUGAAAAUUAAUGAACUCAAAGAGCAGGUUCUUGAGGCAUUUGCUUCUUGGCUUCGACUGAGGCACGGGACCCCUGGAUCUGUGCUUUCCUCUCACCCUUUGGUGCUUACAGCUCUCUCUAGCUUGAAUUCAGAGCUACUUUCAGAGGCAGCUGUGAAUGUCAUUUCAGAAUUGAUACAUUAUACAACAUCAGGGAACUCUGGUGGUAUUUCUAUACAGAUGCCUUUAAUUCAAGUGCUUGUGCCCCAAGUUAUGAGUCUAAAGGAACAACUUCGGGAUCCUUCAAAGGAUGAAGAAGAUGUUAAGGCCAUUGCUCGAUUAUUUGCUGACAUGGGUGAUUCAUAUGUUGAGCUGAUUGCAACUGGUUCAGAUGAAGCAAUGAUGAUUGUGAAUGCAUUGUUGGAAGUUGCUUCACACCCAGAAUAUGACAUUGCUUCAAUGACGUUUAAUUUUUGGCACAGUCUUCAAGUUAUCUUGACUAAGAGGGACUCAUAUACUUCAUUUGGCGAUGAGACGUCCAUUAAAGCUGAGAGAAGUAGAAGAUUGUUAGUUUUUCGUUCAGCAUAUGAGUCACUUGUAUCCCUGGUUAGCUUCCGAGUACAAUAUCCCCAAGAUUAUCAAAACCUUUCGAUUGAAGACCUCAAAGAUUUUAAACAUACCAGAUAUGCUGUUGCGGAUGUGUUAAUUGAUGCAGCAUCAGUAUUAAAUGGUGAUGCAACUCUGAAGAUUCUAUACGUGAAACUUGCUGAGGCUCAAGCUUGCUGGGCAAAUGGACAUAGUGAAUGGCGUCCUGCGGAAGCUGCUUUAUUUUGCAUCAGGGCUAUAUCAAAUUACGUUUCAAUUGCUGAAGCUGAAGUAUUGCCCAAGGUUAUGUCUUUGCUGCUUGAACUUCCACAUCAGCCCCAGCUGCUUCAGACAGUGUGCUUAACAAUCGGAGCAUAUUCAAAAUGGCUUUCUGCUGCAUCGGAUGGAUUGCCUUUAUUGUCUUCAGUCAUGAGAAUUCUCAUGCAUGGCAUGGGGACAUCAGAAGAUUCGGCAGCUGCUGCAGCUGUGGCUUUCAGACACAUCUGUGAUGAUUGCCGUAGAAAGCUCUGUGGAUAUCUUGAUGAUCUCUACUCCAUAUACCAUAGGGCAUUGAUUGGGGAAGGUAAUUUUAGAAUCUCGGCUGAAGAUUCAUUGCAUGUAGUUGAAGCUUUGAGCAUGGUCAUUACAGAACUUCCUCCUGACCAAGCCAAGCAGGCUUUGGAGCAAUUAUGCUUGCCAGUUGUUACUUCUUUACAGGGAGUUAUCAAUCAAGGUCCAGAAACUUUGGAGAAGAGACCUGCUAGGGAGUUAACGGUUCACAUUGAUCGACUUGCAUACAUCUUUAGGUAUGUAACUCACCCUGAAGCUGUGGCAGAUGCAAUUCAAAGGCUUUGGCCGCUCUUUAAAGCAAUCUUUGACCUUCGUGCUUGGGACAUGCGAACAAUGGAAUCUUUGUGCCGAGCUUGCAAAUAUGCUGUGAGAACUUCUGGAAGGUUCAUGGGAAUCACAAUAGGAGCAAUGCUAGAAGAGAUCCAAGCCCUUUAUCAACAGCACCAUCAGCCUUGCUUCCUUUAUCUCUCUAGUGAGGUUAUAAAGAUAUUUGGUUCUGACCCAUCUUGUGCAUGCUACCUAACAAAUUUGAUUGAAGCCCUCUUCAAGCGCACAAUAUGUCUUCUUACGAAUAUCAAGGACUUCACUGCAAGACCAGAUAUUGCAGAUGAUUGUUUUUUAUUGGCAUCAAGGUGCAUUCGUUAUUGCCCUCAACUAUUUGUUACGUCUACUGUAUUCCCAUUGUUGGUUGAUUGCUCGAUGAUCGGCAUCACAGUACAGCACAGGGAGGCUUCCAAUUCCAUAUUGACCUUCUUGUCUGACAUUUUUGAUCUGGCAAAGUCUAGCGUGGGGGAACAUUACUUAUCUGUCAGAGAUAGUGUUAUUAUUCCUCGAGGCGCCAGCAUUACAAGAAUAUUGGUCGCAUCAUUAACUGGUGCACUUCCUAGUUCUCGAAUAGAAACGGUAGCAUAUGCUUUACUAGCGGUAACACGUACAUAUGGAGCUAGGGCAGUGGAGUGGGCAAUGGAGAGUAUUUCACUAAUUCCAUUGACUGCUGUCACUGAGGUUGAGCGUGCAAGAUUUUUCCAAGCAUUGUCGGAUGCAGCUUCCGGGAUUGAUGUCAAUGCCCUGAUGGCUCCUGUUGAGGAGCUCUCUGAUGUAUGUCGGCGGAACAGAACAGUACAGGAGAUUGUCCAAGGGGCGUUAAGGCCACUUGAGCUGAAUUUGGUAACUGUAUCAUAAAGGGGGGAGUAAAAUAAAGGUGCAUUCUUGCUUAGUGUUCAUCUGUUAGUCACGAGGUAUAUUGGCUGUUUCAUUCAUUGACCAUCUGUGUAUUAUUCAAUCAUUCUCCAAUUUUUUUAGGAGAAUCAUUACACUUUAUAUUGGUUGGGAGAGAGUGGGUGUUGUAUCUUUUAUUUGAGAUGUGCGAUGUCGAGAGUGGUUUGAACCGCAGUGGCUUCAAUUUUUGGGGUACAAAUUUUUCAGUAUAAAAGAUGUAAUUUUAUUGUGCAAUAGUGGAAAAAGGAAAGGAGAAAUUACAAAACA